GGGACCCGGGGCUUAAAGAGACUAGUAAUAACCCGGGUUAUUGGCUGGUGCGUGGCAGGAUCAGGCUUCGCGCCCCUCCGGAGCCCACGCCCCCGGUAGCUUUGCGUGGAGAUUACGUAGGCAGGAGUCGCCCCCAUUUCUCCAACAAGAGGCCCCAGGUCGUGAGCACCGGGCGAACUCCCUCGCGGCUCCGCCGGCUGGGUCCCGGCCCCUCCGUCUCAACCACCUCUCGGUGCGGGAGGCGCGGGUCGAGCGGAACCGCGGGGCCGACCCUCUUGCGACCGGCCCAUCUCCCCCGUCGCCUCUGCAGCGACUCGGGCGACCGCAAGCAGAUCUACAACAUCCUGAGCACCCUGGGGCUGCGCGCCUCGGCCACCGACUGCGACAUCGUGCGCCUAGCCUGCGAGAGCGUGUCCACGCGCGCCGCGCAGAUGUGCUCGGCCGGGCUGGCGGGCGUCAUCAACCGCAUGCGCGAGAGCCGCAGCGAGGAGGUGAUGCACAUCACCGUGGGCGUGGACGGCUCCGUGUACAAGCUGCAUCCCAGCUUCAAGGAACGCUUCCACGCCAGCGUACGGAGACUUACGCCCAGCUGCGAGAUCACCUUUAUCCAGUCGGAGGAGGGCAGCGGCCGGGGGGCGGCGCUCAUCUCCGCCGUGGCCUGUAAGAAAGCUUGCAUGCUGGGCCAGUGAAAAGCAGCCUGGGCCAGGGCAGGACGCCUCUCCUUGCAAGGACCCUGGAAGCCUCCGACCCCAGGGAAGAUGGGGAAGGCCCCACCGGGGCCCAUAUAGGCCUCCUCUCUGAGUCAGUGGGACUGACGGCCCUUGGGAGGAGGGAGGGGCUGGGAUGAGCAGGAACGGAAACCCCACAGAGCCCCUCACCUUGCUUGAAUCCCACAACCCAGACCAGAGCUGCACAUUCAAGACCGUUGCAUCUUCUCUUCCCUCUUGGAGCUCUGUCCUGGCUCAGCCAACCCUGGGUCCCUGCUCAGGGAGGAGGCUGCUGCUCUGGACAUUGCUGGGGCCUUGCUUCCCAGGGAACUCAGCCCACAUGGGGAGGUGGCUCCAUCAGCUUGGCCAGACUGUGGCCGGGGGCUGCUGAUCACCCACGCCUGAUGGUUCUGUACUGCCACCCUUGCCAUCUUGCCUGUGGCUCAAGGGGCCCAGGAGAGUAAUGGGAAGGGGGUCCAGCUCCACUGUGGAGGCCUCUGGGCUGUGGUACCCCCAAAAGGCUUAGAGAUAUUGGCCUUGCCCCUCUGUGUCCCCAUCCCUGGUUGGUUCGGCCUGGUUUGUGGUCCUGGAAUGGACCCUCAAAGAAGGUCCCCAAAGCCCCUGCCCGAGGGAUGGUGCCAGCCCUCUGGGUUAGGAACCCACACAGGGGGAGGAUCCCCCCACCUGCUCCCACCGAGAGGCCAGGGAGCAGCUUGGGGAUGGCAUCCUCAGCUCCCACAGCCUUGCCCCAAUUAGCCAAGAGACACCCAGGCCCUUUCUUCUCACCAGAUCUCCCAGGUGUUGUGUUACCCUCUCCACACCCAACCUGUGACUUCAUGUUUUUUUAAUUAAAACAUUUAAAAGUUUCAAACAUGGCUUUGUCAACCAUUCUUUAGCCCCUCUGCAUGAGGCACAGUACAUAAAGAGAUGUCUUCACUUGCACACAGCCGCUUCUGUAGGCCUAGAUAUUUCCUGGAAUUCACUGUCCGUUCCCCCAGCUGUACCCUGGGGAGUGUUAUAAGUAACAGAGCAGACGGAACAGGAAUGGGGGUGGCAGGGGAGUGGGGGUCAGAGACAUUGGACAGUCCCUGCCUUUGCCGGUCCAGCCUGCCUGCCUGCCAUGGGAUGAGGCCUGUGAGUCUGUUGACCUCUCAAUGCUCAGUGCUAAAGUCCUGAGUGUCCUAGGACUUCAUGGGGCUGGGCAUUGCUCUGGACUUGGGGCAGGGCUCCCCCAGGAGCUGUCCCUGCUGCUGCCUAGCCUCACAGGACAAGUUAUAUCCCCUUGAGACCAUUUAGGUGGUUGUAGGGAUUGGGGGGCCAGGGAUGCAAUAUUUCAGACGAUUUCUAAGGUCCUUCCUGAUGCUCACAUGGGUAAAAUGCCUAUUUAGAGUUUGUUGUUAGUUGCUGUCAAGUGGAUUCUGACUUAUGGUGACCCCAUGUGUGCAGAGAAUUCCACAGGAGUUUGAAGCUGUGACCUUUUAGAUCACCAAGCCUUUCUUUCCAGGCACCUCUAGGUGAGUUUGAACCAUCAACCUUUCAGUUAGUAGUGAGAACUUAACCGUUUGCGCCACUCAGGAACUAUCAGUUAGAGUUAUCCAAGCCAAAUUAAUUAAUCUAGGGCCAUUUUCCGCAUAAACGUAAUUACACAUUGUGGGAUAAAGAAUAGAAGCCCUGGUGAUGUGGUUAAGUGCUCAGCUGCUAACUGAAAGGUUGGCGGUUCAAACCUGCCAGCCAAUCUGAAGAAGAAAGAUGUGACAGUCAGCUUACAUAAAGAUUAUAGCCUAGGAAAACCUAUGGAGCAAUUCUACUCUGUCCUUUGGGGUCGCUGUGAGUUGGAAUCAACUCAACGGCCACAGGGAGGGGUAAAGAGUUACUCUGCAUAAUUUGUUCUUGGAAUUUCUGAGUAACUGAGGUGCCUUUGUUAUCUAUGAAACCCUAGUGGUGCAGUGAUUUUAAGAGCUCAGCUGCUAACCAAAAGUUUGGCUAUUUGACAUUAGAGAAAUGCAAAUUAAAACUACAAUGAGAUCCCAUCUCACUCCAACAAGGCUGGCAUUAAUCCAAAAAACACAAAAUAAUAAAUGUUGGAGAGGCUGCAGAGAGAUUGGAACUCAUACACUGCUGGUGGGAAUGUAAAAUGGUACAACCACUUUGGAAAUCUAUCUGGUGUUUUCUUAAAAAGCUAGAAAUAGAAUUAUCAUACAACCCAGAAAUCCCACUCCUCGGAAUAUACCCUAGAGAAAUAAGAGCCUUUACAUGAACAGAUAUAUGCACACCCGUGUUUAUUGCAGCUCUGUUUACAAUAGCAAAAAGAUGGAAGCAACCAAGGUGUCCAUCAACAGAUGAAUGGUUAAAUAAAUUAUGGUAUAUUCAGACAAUGGAAUACUACGCAUUGAUAAGGAACAGUGACGAAUCUGUGAAACAUUUCAUAACAUGGAGGAACCUGGAAGGCAUUAUGCUGAGUGAAAUUAGUCAGAUGCAAAAGGACAGAUAUUGUAUAAGACCACUAUUAUAAGAUCUUGAGAAAUAGUACAAACUGAGAAGAACACAUUCUUU